AUGGGUAAUCCUAAGGCCAAUAAAGAAUGUGUCGUUCCGGCUUCUAAUUCCACGAUCAUCUCAAUUCCACCACCACCACUGGAACAUCCUUCCCCUUCUCCAGCCAAUUCCAUUCCGAUGACCCCCAAAAGUCCCUUCAUCACACGAGUCAUGACUCCAUUGGCUAGCCCCAUGAAGAAGGCCAUGGCAACCAUGCAAGGCUACUUGGAGUUGACUAAGCUCAACCCACACGAUGAAUGGCUUCCCAUCACGGAAUCAAGGAAUGGAAACGCCUUUUACGCAGCAUUCCAUACCCUCAGCUCCGCAAUCGGAGUUCAAGCACUUGUUCUUCCCCUUGCCUUCACUGCACUUGGCUGGGUGUGGGGGAUAAUGAGUUUAUCAGUGGGUUUUGCGUGGCAAAUGUAUACCCUCUGGCUUCUGAUUCAACUCCAUGAAUCACCAUCUGGGACACGAUACAGCAGAUACCUAUGGCUUUCCAUGGCUGCUUUUGGUGAGAAAUUAGGGAAGCUGAUGACAUUAAUACCAACCAUCUAUCUUUCGAGUGGAACGUGCAUAACCCUUAUCAUGAUUGGAGGAGCCACCAUGAAACUAUUCUUCACCACCAUCCGUGGAGAGGAUUCCCCAUUAUCGAUGAUCGAGUGGUACCUGGUUUUCACUUGCUCGGCAGUUGUCUUAACACAACUCCCAAACCUGAAUUCCAUGGCAGGGGUUUCGUUGAUUGGGGCCAUUGCUUCGGUCUCGUAUUGCACCGUCAUAUGGGUGGUGUCGCUUGUUGAAGGUAGGCCGGCAGGUGUCUCUUACGACCAGCCGGAGGAGGUAUCUGGAGUUGCUAGGGUCUCUGAUGUUCUAAACGCCCUUGGAAUCAUUUCAUUUGCUUUUCGAGGCCACAAUUUGGUGCUUGAAAUACAGGGUACAAUGCCUUCAAAGCUAAAGCAGCCAUCGCGUGUACCAAUGUGGAAAGGAGUGAAGUACUCGUAUCUCAUCAUCGCAAUCUGCCUCUUCCCUCUCGCGAUCGGUGGCUACUGGGCCUAUGGUAACAUGAUGCCUACCACCGGAGGAAUGUUAACUGCAUUGUACAAAUACCAUGGACAAUCGACUUCACUAGCGAUCCUAGGGUUAACAAGCAUGCUUGUCAUCAUCAACAGCCUCACCUCGUUCCAAAUCUACGCAAUGCCGGUUUUUGACAACCUAGAGUUGCGAUACGUGAGUAAAAUGAACGGGCCAUGCCCAUGGUGGGUGAGAGCAGGAUCUCGGGUUUUCUUCGGGGGCCUAGCGUUUUUCGUAGCAGUUGCACUUCCGUUCUUGCCGAGUCUAGCAGGUCUGAUAGGAGGCAUUGCACUACCUGUGACGUUUGCGUAUCCAUGUUUCAUGUGGAUCGUGAUGAAGACACCCGAGAGGUUUAGCAAAAUGUGGUGGCUCAAUUGGAUCCUCGGAUGCCUAGGGAUGAUCUUAAGCAUGCUACUUGUUUUCGGAGCCAUAUGGACGAUAGUAACCCGAGGAAUUGAAGUCCAUUUUUUCAACCCAAAGUGAAAAUUAAUUAACCACUCGAUGUAUGUAAAUGAAGUACAACUACCUAAUGCAUUAAUAGUCGUACAACACAACUGCACAAGCACUUAAGCUUUCAGGGCUGACAAAAAUGUAAGAUUUAGUUCGUCUAUUAUAUAUAAUUGGUUUCAACAUAUCUUCAUGUUAUAUGGGCCCCACAGUUAAGAAUUUAGGGGUG